UUCUACGAAAUACAAUCACAAAAAGUACUUUUGAAACCCUAGGAUUCUUUCACUGAUUCGUAUCUCGAAAUCUCCAGAUUCCACCUUCCCUUCCUCUCCGACGAUACCACAAAUUGCAAUCCCUUUCACCUUUUAUCUCCAUCACCAUCUCUCUUUCCGCCGUCGUUUGUUACCGCCUCAGUAAAUCGGUCGUCGCUGGCCACCAUCACUCACCUCUCACUCUGCUCAACACACAGAGGAGCUAAGUUAGCUUUCUUGGCUAGAGAUUUCCUGCUAUUUAGAGCUUCCAUCGCUCUUGCUUCCUUGAAAACAGAGGUGCCGAACACUUAUCUGAAUGGGAAGAUUGCUCAACGUUGACAACAAUUGAUUCAACAUAGGUAUAGACUUUUUUUGGACGUUUCCUGGAAAAUGGUGUUAGAAGAUGCAAAGAUUUGAUCCAAAGGUACCAUAGUUUGCUAACAUGCCAGAAAAUUCCGUGAAUCCGGCUGCUUUUGGGGACAAUACUAAAUCAGGACCUGACUUCUUUGGGUUGUAUAAGGGUGAGAUUGAUGCAUUACUGUCUCAAGAUGAUAAUCUUCUGCCCCAUCUCCCUCCAGUUUCUCAAUCAUCUAGAGACGUUAAAAGGGUGGUUAGAGAAAAAGGCUCGAUGAAGAAGAGUUGCCAAACUGAAGGAAAAAACACUAGUACUGGUUCUGCUCCCUUGUUUUCUAAUGGAAUAGGAGCUCUACUUUCGGAUUUCAAAAGGGAAAGAUUACAGUUGUUGAUCAACCAGAGUGCUUCUACUCUCACGCAAGAGAUAGAUGAGAUGGAGAAUCCUGUCCUUUCUGUUUGUCGGAUUCGUUCAUGCUUAAGCCACAAAGAAAAACUUCUAAGCUUGGAAGCGGCGGCAACACAUACGAUUGAUCAACCGCAGCACCCUGAAAAGAAGGCCAAAGUAAUUCCUGCAUGCGCGGAUUUGGAAAGUGAACAGAUCCAGCUCGAUGAUGAUUUGCGGUUUAUUUUAGAGCAUGAUAGCUCUAAGGUUAAGGAGCUCAUGGAGAGCUACACUACUGAAAUCUCCACCACGCUGCAGCACAUGGAGACGAAGCUCGAACAGAUUCUGGACAGUGUAAUGACCACCUGCAGGGUGAUGACACUUGCUGAGAAGCAAGAGCUUCGUACACGGAUUCAGAAGUUGCCAGCCAUGAGUCUGGACCGUGUUGUGGAAAUCAUUGAACAGGACAAUCCUUCACAGAAGUACUCGGGCAGCAUAUUGAAUGUUGAUCUCAGCGUAUUGGGCAAUGUCACGCUGUGGAGACUAUACUUUUACGUUGCGACUGUCGAAGCUGCAAGCCUACAAGUCCUCCAAUGAGGCAGAAAGGCUGAUGCCGAAAGUUUUUGAGGUUGAGCAUUUUUGGUAAUCCCUCGCAUUUUUGUGGAGUUGGUGUUUCAUACGUAGUUGUAAAUUUUCGAGAUAUAGAAUUUUGUCUGAUAAUGUACAGCUCAUGUUGGGUCCUAGUGCUGAAAACAUUGAAGCUCAUUUGUUGUGUUUUAUUUACAUGGUAUAUAACUUAGAGCAUCUCUAAGAGCAUUUCAUGAUAAA